AUGGAGCCCGACGUCACCUCGAAGCUAGAAGAGCAACCUACCGAGAGCUCGGCCAAUAUUGUGGUCCCCACUACAGCCCACAGGGCCGACGACAGUCAGCCACGAGUCGCAAACACUAAGGCUAAACGAGCCCAACACAUCAGCGGUAGAAAUGGGUGCGGUACCUGCAGGACUCGGAAAGUACCUUGCGACGGCAUGAGGCCGGCAUGCACACAAUGUGUAUCUACCGGCCGAAAAUGCGACAGUUUUGUGACUAUAUCAGCCGCUGAGCUCUCAAAGCCACACAACCCUCCGACUUGGGCCCUUCAAGCUGUACCCAACCCUAUCCCGCCUCUCCCUGACAAAAAGCCCAGGGAACUGCGCAGCUUCCGUUUCUUCGUGGAUGUAACAGCACCUAUGCUAGGAGGCGUCUUUGAUCCUACAUUUUGGAAGGCAGAGAUUCCCAGAGCCUGUUACCUUGACGGAGCCAUCUGGCACGCCAUCAUCAGUCUCGCGUCCGCUCACGAAUCUGCUGUUUCUACUGUACCCGUUGGCACGUCUACAACGCCUGACAAUGUUCAUACCCUUCUCCACUAUAACCUAGCCGUCCAGAACCUACUCAAGUCAUACUCACCCGAGGGCUGGUGGCGGGUUCUUACCCUUAGCAUUCUUUUCACCUCUAUCUGCUGCUUGGAGAACAAAUACCCUGAGGCACAAAUGCAUUUCAAGUAUGGUUACAAGCUGAUCUGCGAUAUUUCUUCGUCUGAGCAAGAUGGCACGCAUGGACCUAUGCCUAUCGAACGAGCUCCGAAUUGGAACCGACUGCAAGGCCGAGUACCCAGACCAGUAUCAGUUAGCUCGCUUCGAUGUAUGGUCGAAGCGUUUGAACGGCAAAAUCGCAAUCUCGACGCUGCUAAAUCCCAAUAG